CUCCGCGGCACUCCGCGCCUCCGCGCUCCGCGGCGACGGAUGGUGGCAAGCUUCACGUGAAAGUCGCACAGUUCGCUAAUGGACUCGAGAGAGUCGGGAGUGAUUGUUUGAUUGUGCUCGGACGACGUAUGUACGAAGAGAAAGAACGAGACUGAGAAGUCGCGUUAACAAGAGUCUACACCUCAUUCCGCCAUCGUCGCUCGACCCGAUUUCGGUGAUCGUCGUUCACCGUGACAUAACCUCCGCAAAGGUGUCUCACGACCACCAUAUGAACAGUACGGAAAACGCGCCCCAUGGUAUGCACAUGGCUCAUCAUGGUAUGGACCAUGGAAGCAUGAAUCAUGGCAGUAUGGACCAUGGGAGUAUGAACCACGGAAGCAUGGACCAUGGAGGCAUGGACCACGGCAGCAUGGGCCACGGUAGCAUGGUCCACGGUGUCGAGGCCUCGACGGACGAUGCAUGCAGCGGGAUGAGCAUGCACGGUAUGUCGAUGACAUUCCACACCGGAUUCUGUGAGUUAGUGCUGUUCGAAAAUUGGAAGAUCGCGACGAUAGGCGGUCUCAUCGGCUCGAUGAUUGGUAUCGCUAUCAUGGCCGCGCUCUACGAGGGCUUAAAAUAUUACCGGGAGUAUCUGUUCUGGAAGACGUACAAUGCCCUGCAAUACAGGAGCGUCACGGUGCCCAGUGAGAAGAAUGUAGUGGCCGAGGACAACCGGGUCGUUCAGCCAACUAUGAUGUCCUGGAUGCAUUUGUUUCAAACGUUUCUACACAUCAUACAGAUCGUCCUGUCUUACUUUUUGAUGCUAAUCUUCAUGACUUACAAUGUCUGGCUAUGCUGCGCCGUGGUAUUUGGUGCCGCCGUCGGUUACUUCCUAUUCGGCUGGAAGAAGUCAGUGAUCGUAGACGUUACGGAACAUUGUCAUUAGCAUUUAGUAAAUUGCCCUAAUUUACUCUUCCCAAAUCGUACUUGCGCGAAAGUGCGCGCGCGACUGCAUUCUAGCGAAAAUUCGAAAACUGAGAAGACGCAGAUUAAAACCGCGAUAUUGUCUUCUGCGUUUCAAGAAAGGACGUAUAGGGAACUAUGUUCUCUAAAUUCAUGACACACAGUGAAUAUAUAAAUACAGCAGGACACGCAACAAAAAAGGAGAAAACUAUUUAUUCUAGUUUCAUAAUUUAGCUGUUAAUAUCUUACAUAUAAUUCCUGAUUUUUAUCUUAAAAGGUAAGCCAAUUACCCUUAAGUUACUUUUUAUCAUACAUUCUAAAUAAUUUUAUUACUCUACAAUUUAUAAACUCUACACAUAGAUAAAGGAGAUUUUCUUGAAAAGAUUAUAGGGUGAUUCGCUUCUGUGUCAUGAAAUAAUACAACUCCAUAAGGAACCAUUGGGAGCUUGAAUCUUAGACAUGUAUAAAGUGGUAAAUUGUAAAUAUUAUUAAGAUAUUCGUAUAAGAAUAUACUGUCCAAUGUACACACUUUUUCCCAUUUUUAUAUUUAUACUAUCCGUUUCUAUUGUUAUUCUUUUAUAAAAAUAUUCGUUGUAUAUCAGGUAUGCAAUAUUUGGGAAAGAGUGUGCUACACUAUUUUAAAUAAUUGUAAAAACAUUGCAAUACGUUCACGUAUUAUUACAUGUUAACGUAUUAUCACGUUAACAUGUAAAUUACAUGUAAAAUAUUAAAUAUCAUGAAAUAUAGCUUCAAAUGCGAAAAAAAGGAAGAAAGUUUAAAAAGAUGAGAAUUAUAAUUCCUUUUCUCUUUUUAAUUCCCAUGUUAUAAACUCUUGUUUUAUUGUUAUUACUUAUUAUACUCAUUUCUUAGUUUACAUUUAAAUUUUUUCAUAAAACCUCAGACGUAAGUAGUAAUAGAGGAAAUUUUUUUAUGAAGAAAGGGAUAUAUUAAUCGAUUUACAAGAAUAU